AUGAAAUUCCUCGUCCCCUUAACCCUCCUCGUUGCUGCCGGCGUCUCGGCCAAGGACCAAGCGUGCAAGGCCGACUAUAUCGUCACCAGCUGCCUGAGGAGCGAGACGGCAAAGGUCCAAGAAUGUAAAACUACCGACUACGAUUGUUUAUGCGCUGCCUAUGAAGCUGUGGCCACCUGCUACAACAAUUGCCCCGACGACAUCCGUGCCCCCGACGCCCAUAGCCAAGUCACAAAUUUCUGCCAAAACGCCUCCAUCUAUGGCAGUAGGGCCCUCGCCUCAAAGACGGCGGCCUCGCGCGCCUCCCGGUCCACCAGCAGUGCUGUCACCACCACCGACUCGGCCACCCUGACCGAGGCCGCCUCGGCCUCCGCCACCUCGGCCUCCCGGUCCGCUAGCACCGGCGCCGCCGAGGCCCGGUCCGCCAACGCCGGUGGUCUGCUCAUGGCCGCUGCCGGCCUUGUUGCUGCCCUCCUGUAA